AUGAUUCCUACUAACGUGGACCAAGCAUUACUUCGCGAACAUGCUUAUUUAAAUAAUAACGAUUUAAGUGAAGUUUUAGAUCCCACGGUGUUUUCCAAUAAUGAUGGUUUUAAAUCCAUUAAAGAAUAUGGUUUAGGUUAUUUUAACUACUAUUUGGCAUUGGACUCAGAUAUUUAUGAUGCUUCCAGUCUGGAUAUCUUACGUGCACAUAUUUAUGAUAAUUUCAAUAUAUAUUUGGGAUUAUUCUUAAUUUUGAUGGUAUUCUGGGGUUAUAAUAUCGUCAAUGGACUUGGUGGAUUAAAUAGUAUGUUCAAGAAGAGAAGGUGGAACAGAUUUGGUGACAGUGGUAUUGAGUACCACCAUGUCAAAGUAUAA